GACGAGGGCGUCCCGCAGACAGGAAACUACACGCAUCUCGUCGCAGCGAAGAAGACGUCGACCGGAAGUGCGCAUGUAGCACGCCUGUAAACAAGCGAGCAGUAGUUCUAUCUUCAAUUCAUAUUCAGCUAAACAGCAGGUGUAGCUGAAGAUCAUGUCGAAGGAGGAGGUAAAAGUGACGGAGGGGAUCGUAGAUCUCGAAGAGCCGAAGAAAAUGACCCGAGAAGACUGGAGGAAGAAGAAAGAGCUUGAAGAGCAGAGAAAACUGGGAAAUGCCCCAGCUGAGGUUGACGAGGAGGGGAAGGAUAUCAACCCUCAUAUUCCACAGUACAUUUCAUCAGUCCCUUGGUACAUCGACCCAUCAAAGAGACCCACACUCAAGCACCAGAGACCCCAGCAAGAGAAACAGCCGCUGUUUGCGCCCAUCGGAGAUUGGUAUAAAAGAGGUGUACAAGAAAAAUCGGUCAGCACAAAAUUCAGAAAAGGGGCAUGUGAAAAUUGUGGAGCCUUGACACAUAAGAAGAAAGACUGUAUGGAGAGACCCAGAAAAGUCGGAGCGAAGUUUUCUGGCACAGGCUUGGCACCAGAUGAGCACCAACAGAUUCAGCUCUCAAUGGAUUAUGAUGGGAAGAGAGAUCGCUGGAAUGGGUACGAUCCUGAUGAGCACAUGCGCAUUGUAGAGGAAUAUUCAAAAGUUGAUCUGGCUAAGCGCACUCUCAAAGCUCAGAAACUGCAGGAGGAGUUGGCUUCUGGUAAACUAAUGGAUCAAGCUAAUUCAAGAAAGCAUCUUGGCGAUGAUGCAGCGCAGGGUGACCACAGCAGUGAAGAUGAGGAUGACGACAAAUAUGUUGAUGACUUUGACAUGCCUGGGCAAAACUUUGAUUCCAAGAGACGAAUCACAGUUAGAAACCUGAGGAUCCGGGAGGACAUCGCGAAGUACCUCAGAAAUCUGGAUCCAAAUUCAGCCUAUUAUGAUCCUAAGACUCGAGCCAUGAGGGAGAACCCAUAUUCCAACACUGGAAAGAAUCCAGAAGAGGUUGGCUACGCUGGAGACAACUUUGUGCGCUACUCCGGAGACACCAUUUCCAUGGCCCAGACACAGCUCUUUGCUUGGGAAGCCUAUGAGAAAGGAUCUGAAGUUCACCUUCAGGCAGAUCCAACCAAGCUGGAGCUCCUGCAUCAGUCCUACAAAGUCAAAAAGGAUGACUUCAAAGAGAAACAGAAAGAGAGUAUUUUGGAAAAGUAUGGAGGGCAGGAACACUUGGAUGCCCCUCCGCGAGAGCUUCUGCUGGCUCAGACAGAGGAGUAUGUGGAGUAUUCUCGUCAUGGCGCUGUGUUGAAAGGACAGGAGAAGGCUGUGGCAUGUUCAAAAUACGAGGAGGAUGUGCUCAUUAAUAACCACUUGUGUAUUUGGGGAUCGUUUUGGAAAGAUGGUUAUUGGGGUUACAAAUGCUGCCACUCAAUGGUGAAGCAAAGUUACUGUACUGGAGAAGCUGGCAAGAAAGUGGCAAGCAAUUCUUGUGUUCCAUUUGAAGAGGAUGUAGAGGAGGCUGAAACGAGUAAAGAACCAAAGACUCUUUUACAGAUGCACCAAGAAAAAAUGAAAGAUAAGAAGAAAAAGAAAAAGAGCAAGAAACACAGAGAUUCUGACAGCAGUGAUGAGGAAGAUGAAGCAAAAAAGAAAGAAAAGCUGAAGAAGGCAUUGAGUGCAGAGGAGCAGAGGCUGAAGCAGGUGGCUGAGAUGAUGCAGCUUGACGAGAGGAAGCGGCCGUACAACAGCCUGAAGGAAGUGCGUGAACCCACAGAGGAAGAGAUGGAAGCCUUCCGCAUGAAGCGCUGCCGACCCGAUGACCCCAUGGCCUCUUUCCUGGGGCAGUGAACGAAAACAGAAAUGUCUUUUGUCGCCAGGCACAGAGAUCUCAUGGUCUCAGUUAUUGUAAAAUCUGUUCUUGUUUAUUCUGUGUUACUGUCGUUGAGCGGAAAACAUCCCAUAUUAUUAGGACAUGAAAGUCCUGCAUUCUUUUUUUUUUUUUUUUUUUGUAUAAAUCUGUGCAGAUUAUAGAAGAAAAUAAAUCAGAUUUUCAUAAUGUCAUUUUUAGUCUUUUAAUGAUAAAUUGCCCAGUAAAUUACAAAUGGGGUAUGUUUGGUGAAUCAUCUGUUUUGAUUUAGCAAAUAUGUUCCAUUCUCCCAUUCCAAGGUGUUUAAAUUAGAUUCAGAAUGAAAAUAACUUGACCGGUUGUUGACAUUAAACAUAUUUAAACUUGAA